AUGCAAAGUCAAAAAACUACAACUGGCCUCCAUGUGAUACGUGAUGCUAUUCGACAAAGAUUAAGAGGCGUUUGGGCCCCACAACAGUCAAGAAAGCUGGCAGAAAAGUUAAAAAGUGGGCCUCGCAUGGUCACCUCCUCUUUGAAAUACCAGAACCUGAUCACUACCGUUGACCACCUGUCGACGGUCGGAAACAACAGCAGCUCCAGCGCAAAACGCCAUCACCGCCGAGACGCCACCAACAUAAAAUGCACCCAAAGCGCCACCGGGAACAACAACUAUCACCCUUACCACGGUGACCCACAAACCAUUCGUUGA